AAAAAGCUUAGGGAAGGUUGAGAAACUGCUCAGUCAGUGCUAGUAAGUCAAACGUUGUGUUAGAUCCCUAAUAGAUGUGAUCAUGAACUCCAGCCAAGGCCGUUUCCAGUUUUCUUCUGGAUCCCACAGGGGUAGUGCAGGGUGUGAUUUGGCUCUGCUAGGAAGCUCCUACAGACCUUCAAGUGCACAUGGAGGGGCCAUUGGCACAUCUGUCUCCAUUUCCUCCACCAGGCCCCUCUGGCUGGCCUCUGGAGUGGGGGUAUCUUGGGGAGCCUUUGGCAAGAGCCAUGGAGAUAGCAUCUUUCUGGGCGGGAAUGAGAAACAGACCAUGCAAAACCUGAAUGACCGUUUGGCUGCUUAUCUGGAGAAGGUACGUUCUCUGGAAGCAGCUAAUGCUCAGCUGGAAAGCUGUAUCUUGGAGUGGCACAAGAAGAGGUCUCAUGAAAAGAAGCAUGACUUCAACCAAUAUGAGCAAAACAUCACUGACAUGCAAGGACAGAUUGAGGAUGGCAAGAUCACCAAUGCCAGUAUUUUUCUGCAUAUUGAUAAUGCUAAAAUAGCAUCUGAAGAUUUGAGUCUCAAAUAUGAGGCGGAGCAGUCUCUCAGGCAGGGAAUGCAAAUCAGUGUUGAGAACCUGCGUAAGGAACUUGACAACCUGACCAUUGUCACGACAGAUCUGGAAAUGGAGAUUGAAGGCAUCCAGGAAGAGCAGAUCCUCAGGAAGAAAGAUCAUGAGAAGGAUAUGGGGGAGCAUCAUUCAUCACAGGAUUUCAAGGUCAAUGUGCAAGUGAAUGCAGUGCCGAAAGAAGAUUUGGCCAAGAUUUUAGCAGGGAUAAGAAAGGAUUAUGAAGCCAUUAUUGAAAAGAACCACCAAGGCCUAGAGGUCUGGUACAAACAGCAGACUGCAACUGUGUCCCCAGCGACAAAUAUCAGUCCAGAAGAAAUACAGAGCAAUGAAAGUGAAAUCAAGAACCUGAGGCGGACUUUUCAGGCCUUGGAGAUUGAGUUGCAGGCACAAUUUAGCAAGAAAUAUGCCCUCAAAGGUACUUUGGCCGAGACCCAGGCUCACUAUACAUUUCAGCUCCAGAAUAUACAACAAGCCAUCUCUAACUGCGAGGAAGAGCUGAGUCAACUCCGCCAAGACAUCAAGUGCCAGAACAAUCAGUAUAAGAUCCUCCUUGGGAUCAAAACCCGCCUGGAAAAGGAGAUUUCCACUUAUCGUCAGCUCCUGGAGGGAACUGCUGAUGGAAUAACAAAAAACUUUGAAUCAAGCACUAAAGAACAUGCUGGAAUGACCAGUCAAAAGCUCAAAACAGUCACGCAGGACAGUGUGAAUGGGCAAGUGGUGUCCUCCACCAUAAAUGAAAUCGACCAGCAGAUGUGAAGCAAGGCACAUUCUAGGCCCUGGCUCUACCAAUGGCCUAAUAUGUGGCCUUGGGGUAAAUCUUUCAUGCUCUGUGCUUCAGUUUCUCUCUGUGGAAAAUCAGCAUAAUAAUACUUACCUUCUUUUUGUAAAGCACUUUGAGAUCCACAGAUGAAAAGUGUUAUAUAAGAGCUAGAUGGUAUUAUCUUUUUUUAAAGAAAAAUUCUUUUCCCAUCAAGACAUGGAAGAAAAGCUAGGUAAUGAAAAUGACUCGGGAAUGUUGGUACUGAAUGUGGUAUGCAUUUCUCACCAGGACCGUGAGUAUGCUAACCUCCUUCUAUAAUUGACAUAUUGUUUUCCAAACUGACUGUAACUGAAUGUGUAUUUAAUAAUUUUCCACCUUCGCUGUCAGUCUCAAUUACCUUUUAUCUUUUACAAUAAACCUCAUUGUCUGUAAUAAACGUUAUUCAAAUA